AUGAACACAUCUGACUUGGCUCUAAUUGGUUGUCGGGUCAGUAUUAUAUCUAAAGCGAAGAUAAGAUAUGAGGGAAAUCUUCACUCUAUAGAUUUUGACACACCCAAUGAACCGGUUAUUACCCUGUCAAAAGUUUGGUCUUUCGGCACAGAGGAUCGUCCAUGUGAAAGGCCGGUGGCUCCAAGAAACGAAGAAUAUAACCAGGUGGUGUUUCGUGGUCGAGAUCUGGAUGAUGUGCGCGUUGUGCAUUCCUCAGUAUUUCUGAAUGAAGAUUCCGCAAUUGUUAGUGCGGCACCCGGGUCCACCUUAUCUCAUCCUCCUGGUAUACAAUCAAGUAGUAGCAGAGGACGUGGGGAUUUGACUUCAAAUCGUGCUACUACUGGACGUCCCGAAGUACCUCCAGCAACUCCACCUCAGUCUUUUUCACUUGAUAGUUUAAAUCAAGAUAAUUCUCCGAGCUCAUCGAAUUAUCAUCCACCUGUCGUUGGUUCUCGCCCUGGUCCUGUGGGCACAGUUCACACGGAGAAGUCUCACUCCGAUAAUCGUGGACCAAGACCCUUCGGUGAUGGACGCAGUGACAUAGACCCAAGUAUGUUUGGAAGAACAGAUACAACUGCGAAAAAUAUGUCGGAAUCAGGCUCUAGUUCAGGGCGACAACGUCAUGUCCCAGGCUCUGGUCACCAUGAUUACUCCCAUGCGUGGACUGGUAGAGAUCACGCGGUUAGGAAGGGAGACACCUAUAGGAAUGCGUCCAGUUAUAAUCAGGGCCACGAUUAUUCAAGAGAUAGAAGAGGGGGUUUCCACCAACAAUAUGCAUCGAAUCAUCGUGGAUCUAGGGGUUCUGGACACUAUGGGGGCUGGAGUGGGCGCUCUGGUGGUGGACAUGAAUGGACGAAAUAUAGAACUAAUUCACACGCUACGUCGGGGGAGGCUACUAACUUCUCAGGUGAAUAUGACUAUGAAAGAGCUAAUGCAGAACUUGCAGCGGAGUUGGAGAAAAUAACCAUAAAUACUAAGACAGGAUCGUCUAAUGCCUCAGCUGACAAUACUGACAAUGACGGUAGCAGCGCAGCUGGAGACGAAAAUACUUGUUAUGAUAAGUCCAAGUCGUUCUUCGAUACUAUUAGCUCGGAAAUGAUGGACCGUGCUAAUGGUGUAAAUCCUCAAGGAAUGAAUAGAAGAGAUGAAAGACUUCUAAAUUCAACCACAUUCGGAACUGUUCCACAAAUGUACGUCCGACGAACGGGCUAUAACAAUCAACGGUCUUUCGGUUAUGGCCAUCGAAGAGGUAAUGCAUCUAGUGGUAACUUCUGGCGUUCUUCUGGCACCGGACAUAAUAAAACAAUAUUCACCAAUUCACCACAUACGCCUCUUCCAACCUCGGGACGAGCUGGUUGA